AUGGCGUCGACAGCAAGAUCAGCCACGCAUGGGGCGCUCACCUUCGAGCUGGUAGCCAAGUGCUCUGCCUCGCUCAAGGGCAUCACCCCGGAGCAGCUGGAGCAGACGAGCUGCCGCCUGUGCCUCAACAACACGUACCACCUCGGCCUGAAGCCCGGCCAGGACGUCCUCGACGCCGUCGGCGGCGCGCACAAGCUGCAGGGCUGGGGCCACAACAUCCUGACGGACAGCGGAGGACCCACGGUGGAACCCGAGAGGCACAAGGAGACAGACGGAACGAGCAGGCAGGCUUACAGUGGCAGGUUCCAGAUGGUCUCCCUCCUCAAGCUGGCGACCAUCACGGAGGAAGGGGUGCGCUUCCUCUCGCCGCACGACGGCACGCCCAUGCUCCUGACGCCGGAGCACUCCAUGUCGCUGCAGAACUCGAUCGGCUCCGACAUCAUGAUGCAGCUGGACGACGUGCUGGUGACGACCUCGCCGGACGCGGCGCGCAUGCGCGAGGCCAUGGAGCGCAGCGUGCGGUGGCUGGACCGCUGCGUCGCCGCGCACCGCAACACCGCCACGCAGAACCUCUUCUGCAUCAUCCAGGGCGGCCUGGACGUCGACAUGCGCCGCGAGUGCACGGCGGAGAUGGUCGCGCGCGACACGCCGGGGAUCGCCAUCGGCGGGCUCAGCGGCGGCGAGGCGAAAGCAGACACGUGCCGCGUCGUCGCCGCCUGCACGGCCAUGCUGCCCGAGCUCAAGCCGCGCUACGUCAUGGGCGUGGGCUACCCGGAGGACCUGGUCGUCAGCGUGGCCCUCGGCGCCGACAUGUUCGACUGCGUGUGGCCGACGCGGACGGCGCGCUUCGGGAACGCCGUGACCCAGGGCGGCAUGCUCAAGCUCAAGAAUUCCGAGUACGCCAACGACUUCCGCGUCGUCGAGGAGGGGUGCGGCUGCGUCUGCUGCCGGCCCCGCGGGGACGUCAGGGACGGGGUCGACGGCCUGGGCGUCACGAGGGCUUUCAUACACCACAAUGUCGGCAAGGAGACGGUCGCGGCACACCUGCUCACAAUGCACAACGUCUGGUACCAGUUGAACCUCAUGAGAAGGGUGAGGGAGGCUAUCAUUGCGGACCGGUUUCCCGCGUUCAUCAGGGACUUCUUUGCCAGGCUAUACCCAGAUAGAAGCCAGUACCCCGAUUGGGCGGUGGAUGCGCUCCAGGGGGUCGGCGUGGACUUAAUGCAAGAGUGA